AUGGAGAGGUUUAUAUAUUCGACCAUAUUUAACCAGGAAUGUACAAAUUCAGAUGUAUAUGGAUCUGUAGUAAAACCUUUAGUCGAUUCCUUCAUGGAAGGUUUCAAUGCCACAAUAUUUGCAUAUGGCCAAACAUCUUCUGGCAAAACACACACCAUUUUGGGCAAUAAAACAGAUCCUGGGCUUUUCCAAUUAGUAUCCAAUCAGUUAUUCCAGCAUGUGGCAGACCAGGUUGAUAAGAGGUACUUGAUUGGAUGCAGUUAUAUUGAAAUCUACAAUGAAAAGAUCAAUGACCUCCUGGAUAAGAGCAAUCAGGGUUUAACUAUAAGAGAAGAUAUCAAAGGAAAUGUGCUGCUUGAUGCAAGGGAAGCUGUCGUAGACAAUGUUGAUCAAGUUAUGGAGAACAUGAUGCAGGGCAAUAAGAUCAGACGAGUUGCAGCUACUCGCAUAAAUGAGAGGUCAUCUCGAUCACACACGAUUUUCCGGAUUAUUCUGGAGUCGAAAGAUGCCAAUCAGAAAGAUGGACCUGUACAUAUAAGCUACCUUAACUUAAUGGACUUAGCUGGUUCUGAGAGAGUUUCUCUGACGAAAGCUGCUGGUGAGCGUCUUAAAGAGGGGGCUAACAUAAACAAAUCUUUGUCAGUAUUAGGAAAUGUGAUAAGGCUAAGCGAGGGGAAGGAGUUUAUCAGUUAUCGCGAUUCGAAAUUGACUAGACUGCUCUCACAGGCUCUUGGCGGUAAUGCCAAAUCAUUGAUUAUCGGGAAUGUUACUUUAGCUGCAGAGGAGGAGACUAGAUCUACACUAGAAUUCGCCCAAAGCACUAAAACUGUCAAAAAUAAACCGAAAGUAAACAUCUUGUCAGCUACAGAAGAGGCACUUCAAGGAUAUCAGAACUUGACUCGCGAUCUCGAAACUCGGCUCAAAAGCAGGCAAUUAAGCUAG